AUGGUAGCGGCUCAACAUGCAGGAGAUACUCCAUCAUCACCACAUAAUCAUGAUGAAAUUAUUCGCUCUUUGGAGAGAAAGGUGAAAUAUAAUUUAAAAUCGGAAUUUGAAUCGGCUCACAAUAAUCCAAUAUUAUUUCCUGUAUUUUCGGAGAAACAUCAUUCUUAUCACGCCAAUGGAACGUGGAGAACCAUUGACGGAUUCUAUCCAAUAUUUAAUGAGCAACCAAUGAAAAAACGUAUUAAUUAUCAAUCAGAAUCUACUGUUACUAGAUAUAUACUUCGAAAAUUAUUGCAACAACCAAAGUAUGGACAUGCAAUAUACGAUUAUAUUAACCACAUAGACGUUGGAGAGGAAAAUGUUUUGAUAGAUCCAAAUUCUGCAGUAAAUAUGAACGAUUAUGUACCUGAUGGAAUCGACAAGUUAGACAAUGUUCACAUACGAGGCGCAUUGAAGAUGGAUCUUUCAUUUAAAAAAACUAUUUUGAAAGAGUUCUACUUUGUCUAUGGUACUGUGACGAUACGAGAUGGACGAUAUUUUCUACAACGAGAAAAUCUCUUGUUUCUGGAGGGCGUAUACUCUAUUUAUACCAACAGAUUUUAUUUCAUCUUAAAACCAAAAAAAUUUCUAUUCUAUAAGAUGCCCACCUUUCUGGAACAAGCACUCAUGAAUGAAACUUUUCUCUUUCAUGGAGAAUCAGGAGCCCAACUUGCAUAUUACUCCUAUGUGACACAUUACCUUGGAGAUUUGAAGGAUUUAGGCAUUAGACAUGACCAUUACUACCACUAUAGUAGCCAAUCCGAUGUCAGUGAAAAAUCAACAAGAAAAGAAAGUUGUGUUUAUAGAGGGAUAGGCGUUGGAAAAAUUUCUGCAGAAAAAUUUAUGGUUCAAGACAAACAAAACUUGGUGAAUCAAGUAUUUGAAUGGAGCAUUUCUGGAGUAAUUUCUAGUGUCAACUGUGACUAUACUGCUCUGUUCACACAAACAUUUCAUGACAAUAUCGGCUUCACUUCUGAACUUAAUGCAUUCCUUCAAAUUGGAACAAUCCUCUGUAUAUUUCUAAUCUUUGGAUUGUUCAAACAAAUCAAAUUUACAAGAACGAGAUCAGCGGCGACAAGAGUUUCUAUUUUAUUUGUUGGAUUUACCUCAACUCUUUCCUUCAUUACGUUUUCAGCAUCAUUAGUGUUUUUAUUGAAUUUCUAUGAAGUUUUUACGAGUGCAAUUGCUUUCUCAUUUAUGAGUUUUAUUUAUUUGACAGCCAGUAUUCAGUACAUGUUAUUCAUUUGGAAGUCACACCACCCCAAUCACUACGAAAAUAUCAUUAGUGCAUCUGUACACAUGAGAAAAUUAUUCUUUUUUCUUUUGGGGAUUUUCAAUGUCCAUUCUCUUCGGUGGAUAUUACAUCUCUCAUGUUCAUCCCAAGCUAAUCCAAUACUUGAUAUUUUUCAUCAUGUCAUUCCUUGUCCCUCAAAUAUGCGUCAAUCAAUUUUAUAUUUUGGAGCUAGACCCUCGAACUUCCUUGAAUUUCCCACUAACAUCACUCUCUGUUAUACCUUACUAAUUUAUUUAUUUGUUCAAGUUGCAGCAUUGUUAAUUCAAUACCUUGUUGACCCCCGUCUCUCCAUCUUAACUACUCAUCUAUUUGGAUUUAUGCUUCCACCCAAAUAUAAUUACCACAGACCAAUUCCAAUGUCUGUUCUCGAAGAAGGAGAAUGCAAAUGCGUCAUUUGUAUGUCUGAAAUUGAAAUUCCAAAUCGAGUGGCAUCUGACUCAGCUAAUGAGACUCUCAUCGAUCAUUCCACAAAGAGUAACCAUUCACAUGAAUGGACCGCCUCAAAAGAUAUCAUGGUCACACCUUGCAAUCACGUUUUUCAUACCAUUUGUUUGGAGCGUUGGAAAGAAUACAAACUCGAAUGUCCACUCUGUAAGAAGGAUUUACCAAUUUUAUAG